AUGGAAUCAAUCCUGGCAAGAGCUUUGGAGUAUACUCUCAAAUACUGGCUCAAAUCUUUCACCCGAGACCAAUUCAAGUUGCAGGGUCACACCGUUCAACUAUCUAAUUUAGAUAUAAACGGCGAGGCAUUGCAUUCCAGCGUUGGAUUGCCGCCGGCACUCAAUGUGGCUACAGCCAAAGUUGGAAAAUUGGAGAUCACGCUACCGUCCGUGAGCAAUGUACAGAUAGAGCCAAUCAUUGUGCAAAUUGAUAGGCUCGAUUUGGUUUUUGAAGAGAAUUCUGAUUUUAAACCAUCUGAGACUCCAAAGACUUCAACCAGGUAUUCCACACCUUCAGGGGCCUCUGCCAAGGGUAGCGGGUAUGGUUUCGCUGAUAAGAUUGCAGAUGGAAUGACAAUACAGAUUCAUACAGUUAAUCUGUUGCUUGAAACUCAUGGAAGUGCUUGUCUCGAAGGGGCAGCAACAUGGGCACCACCCAUGGCAUCUAUAACAAUACACAACCUUUCUCUGUGUACCACAAAUGAAAGCUGGCAGGUUGUAAAUCUUAAGGAGGCACGGGAUUUCUCAUCUAAUAAGAAGUGUAUUUAUGUCUUCAAAAAAUUGGAAUGGGAAUCAUUAUCUAUUGAUCUUUUGCCUCAUCCUGACAUGUUCACGGAUGCUACUUUAGGCAGUUCUCAGGUAGGUUCAAACCUGAGAGAUGAUGAUGGUGCAAAGAGAGUAUUCUUUGGAGGCGAGCGUUUUAUAGAAGGAAUAUCAGGAGAAGCAUACAUCACCGUUCAGAGAACUGAAUUGAACAGUCCACUUGGGCUCGAGGUUCAGUUGCAUGUUACAGAAGUCGUUUGCCCUGCAUUAAGUGAACCAGGGCUACGUGCGCUUCUUCGCUUUAUGACAGGAAUAUAUGUUUGUCUAAAUAGGGGAAAUGUAGAUUCCCAGCAGCAAUCUACUGAAGCUGCUGGGCGUUCUCGUGUGUCAAUUGUUGUGGAUCAUAUAUUUCUCCGCAUUAAAGAUUCUGGAUUCCAGCUUGAGCUAUUAAUGCAGUCCCUCUUUUUUUCUCGGGCCAGUCUUUCUGAAGGAGAUAAUGACAGUAACUUGACCAAGAUUACAAUUGCGGGACUAUUUUUGAGGGAUACAUUUUCAUGCCCUCCAUGCACAUUAGUGCAACCAUCGAUGCAAUCUCCCACACAAGAUGCUUUCCAAGUGCCUGAGUUUGCUAGAAGCUUUUGCCCUCCAAUAUAUCCUCUCGGAGAACAGCAGUGGCAAUUGAUUGUGGGAACUCCUCUAAUAUGCAUUCACACUCUUCAGAUCAAGCCUUCUCCACUUCCACCAUCCCUUGCUUCUCAAACGGUUAUUGAUUGUCAGCCUCUUAUGGUCCACCUCCACGAAGAAUCCUGCUUGAGGAUAUCAUCCUUCUUAGCUGAUGGAAUUGUUGUCAAUCGUGGUGACAUUUUACCAGAUUCCUCUGUGAACUCUUUUAUUUUCUCUCUCAAGGGAUUGGAUACUACAGUUCCUUUGGAUAAAGCCCAAUUAGAUUUUUGUCUAAGCAAUACAGAUGAUACAGAUAAAUUCUUAUUUGUUGGAGCAAGGCUACAUAUUGAAAACCUUUUCGUUUUAGAUUCACCCUUAAUGAACCUAAGAAUUCUGAACCUGGAGGAGGAUCCGGCUUGCUUCUGUCUCUGGGAAGAUCAACCAAUUGAUGCUAGCCAGAAGAAGUGGUCUGCCAGAGCAUCCCACCUUACUUUAUCUUUGGAAACAAAUACUGGCACACUUGGGCAUCAGAAUUCUCUUGGAUGGACUGCUGAAUUUUGGAGAUGUGUUGAUAUGAAAGAUGCUUGCAUUGAAGUAGCUAUGGCAACUGCUGAUGGCAGCCCAUUGUUAAAGGUUCCUCCUCCUGCUGGUAUUAUGAGGGUCGGGGUUUCCUGUGAACAGUAUCUAUCCAACACUUCCAUUGAACAAUUAUUUUUUGUCCUUGAUCUCUAUGAAUAUUUUGGGAGAGUUAGUGAAAAAAUGGCGACAUCUUGGGAAAGGAAACAAAUGAAUGACGUUAGGAAUAAUUCUUCCAGUGGAAAGCUGAUGGACAAAGUUCCUAGUGACGCUGCAGUAAGUUUAACCUUAAAAAACCUCCAACUUCGAUUUCUUGAAUCUUCGUCUGUGAAUGUUGAGGGAAUGGCUCUAGUACAGUUUAUCGGAGCUGAUCUGUUCAUUAGUGCCACUCAUAGAACCCUAGGCGGUGCUAUUGUUAUUUCAUCCACUUUACAUUGGGAGAGUGUUGAGAUAGACUGUGUUGAUUCUGAGGAGUAUUUGCCAUGUGAAAAUGGCUCAGCGUUUAGUUCUGGGGAAAAUGUUUCUUCAGUGAAUGGUGUUGGAUACCCUCAACUGAGAGCUGUUUUCUGGGUGGAUAACAGUAAUCAUCUAUUGAAUGUAAAUGCUCCCCCAGUCCCGUUUCUGAACUUAAGUAUGAAUCAAGUCAUACCAUUUUGUGAUGUAGAAAAUGAGUCCAAUAUUUUGAAUGCCUCCAUUUCUAUAUCUGGUGUUCGUCUUGGUGGGGGAAUGAACUAUGCCGAAGCCCUCCUGCAUCGGUCUGGAAUACUUGGGCCUGAUGGCGGUCCAGGGAAGGGUCUUUCUAAAGGGUUGGAAAACUUACAAAAAGGACCAUUGGCAAAACUCUUUAUGACAUCACCUCCAAUUGUUGACAACUCAGAAAAUGAAAGUAUGAUAGAAAGGAUAGAAACUAGUUUUCCACCCUUGAAGAAGCCAGAUAAUGUGGAUGUAACUAUAGAGUUGAGGGACUGGUUGUUUGCUCUUGAAGGUGCACAAGAUAUGGCCGAAAGAUGGUGGUUCUCCAGCCAAGGAGACGUAGGAAGAGAACAGAAGUGUUGGCACACAACCUUCCACAGCUUACUAGUAAAUGCUAAAAGUAGCCCAAAGAAGGUUUCAGGUGGCAAGGUGCAUUCACAUAGAAUACAAUAUCCUCUAGAAUUGGUUACGGUUGGAAUUCAAGGGCUGCAGUUCUUAAAACCCACUACCCAAAAAGAUGUUCCGUCUUCCAUGUUAACUGCAAAUGAAGUUAAAGAACUGACUGAUGCAGAUGGGGGAAUCGGCCUUGAAGUGGGCUUGAUAUUACAGGAAGAUAAUAUCGAUGAUGAAAUGGCUAAUUGGGAAGUGGAAAACCUAAAGUUCUCUAUAAAGCAACCGUUCGAGGCUGUUGUAACCAAGGAUGAGUUCCAGAGCCUCACUUUUUUAUGCAAAUCUGAAAUUGAAUCCAUGGGCCGUAUAACAGCUGGAAUUCUGCGAUUGCUUAAGCUAGAAGGUUCUGUUGGCCAGUCUGUAAUGGAUCAGCUAGGCAAUCUAGGUAGUGAAGGCAACAAUAUUCUAUCACCUGAAAAAAUCAGCGAAGGCAUUGACAAUGUUCUCUCGCCUGAAAAACUUAGCAUAGACGGCAGUGUUAGCAACAGAGAACCUUCUCCAUUACCAAAUCGAAUAAACGAAAGCCCACACAAAUCUGUGGAACCAACAAUAACUUUGCUUGAGGAAGCAGUUGUUGAUUCACAGGCUAAGAUUAACGCUUUGAUAACCGACAUUGGUACGUCUGAGUCCUCCCUUCAGUACGUUGAUGUUGUUAAACAACUUAGUGAAAAAAUUGAGUUGAUGCAAGGUUUAUUGACGCAAUUACGGAAUCAACUUUGA